UUAAUCUCCCCCCGCCUCCUUUCUCCCGCUUCGAAGGUUCCACCGGCGCGCCGCUGUGGUUCCCACCUCCCAACUCAGAGGCGGUGGGUGGUCGCUUGGAAAAAGGGGCGCAGAUGAGGCGCGAGCCCUGAACCUGGGAGCCCUGGAAGGGUGGCGAGAGGUAACGUGCUCCCGUUCUCGCCCACCAAAGCUUUACCUCCCUUACCCUGAGUGCUCCCCGCACACCUGGAACUUCCCGGUUCUAAAUUGUUCUGUCCCAUUAGUUCCCUUGGGCUCGUAGCUGAGAGAAUCUCUGUCCACGGACUUGCUUUGCCCUGCAGUUUUUCUAUGAUACUGAAUAAUACCUGCAAGAGGAAGAGAACAUCAAGAGUGAAUAUAUGAAGGAAAACAUUGAGGAACCCGCUGAAGAUGAGGCGCUUGAAUCGGAAGAAGACCUUGAAUUUAAUGAAAGAGUUGGAUGCCUUUCCAAAAGUUCCUGAGAGCUACAUUGAGACGUCUGCAAGUGGAGGAACAGUUUCUCUGAUCGCAUUUACUACUAUGGCUUUUUUAACCAUCAUGGAGUUUACAGUCUAUCAAGACACCUGGAUGAAAUAUGAAUAUGAAGUUGAUAAGGAUUUUACUAGUAAAUUAAGAAUCAAUAUAGAUAUUACCGUUGCAAUGAAGUGUCAAUACAUCGGGGCUGACGUGUUGGAUUUGGCAGAAACCAUGGUGGCCUCUGCUGAUGGAUUAGUUUAUGAGCCAGUAAUAUUUGAACUCAGUCCCUUGCAAAAAGAAUGGCAAAGGAUGCUGCAUGUAAUCCAGAGCAGACUACAGGAAGAACACUCACUUCAAGAUGUAAUAUUCAAAAGUGCUUUUAAAAGUGCUUCAACAGCCUUACCACCCAGGGAAGAUCACUCACUGCAGCCCCCAGAUGCUUGCAGAAUUUAUGGACACCUCUAUGUUAAUAAAGUGGCAGGAAACUUUCACAUAACUGUGGGCAAGGCAAUUCCCCAUCCGAGAGGCCAUGCACAUUUGGCAGCCCUUGUGAGCCAUGAGUCAUACAACUUCUCCCAUAGGAUAGAUCAUUUGUCUUUUGGAGAGCUCAUCCCAGGGAUUAUUAAUCCUUUAGAUGGUACAGAAAAGAUUGCAUCAGAUCACAACCAGAUGUUCCAGUACUUUAUCACAGUUGUGCCAACAAAACUCCAUACAUCUAAAAUUUCAGCAGAAACUCAUCAGUUUUCAGUGACAGAAAGGGAAAGGGUGAUCAACCACGCAGCUGGCAGCCAUGGGGUGUCGGGAAUCUUCAUGAAAUACGACAUAAGUUCCCUGAUGGUGACAGUCACAGAAGAGCACAUGCCCUUCUGGCAGUUCUUGGUGAGACUUUGUGGUAUCGUUGGAGGAAUCUUCUCUACUACAGGAAUUUUACAUGGCAUUGGAAGAUUCAUUGUGGAAAUUGUCUGCUGCCGUUUCAAAUUAGGCUCUUCUAAAUCUACAUCUGUCACGCAUCAAGAUGGUCACUUAAACAACCACGUACCUCUCACGACAGAUGACACUAUGCAUUAGCACCUUCUGCAGAAACUGUUUUUGCUCUCUUUCUGCCUGAUGCAGAAGACAUUUUUUAUAACAAAAACAUUGUGCAAUAUGUUGAGACAGUGCUUCAUCGGGAGCAGGAAAAAACAAACAAGACUUUAAAAAAAAAUCCUACCUGUGUGACGUGUUUCUCCUUUUGGAAUUCAGACAGAGGCCAAGAAAUCCCGUGAGAUCAACCUCUUCUUAAAGGAACAGGAUUGUCGUGUGGAUGUGGUUAACAGUCAAAGCAAACAGUUUCACAGGAAAUUCCACUAGCCAUUGAAAUAUCAACAUAGACCAGUUUCCCAAUUUCUUGUGCUACAGACUCCCAUGAAAGCUAAUGUACAGAGGAGUAAAGUUUAGAGGGAUGUGUGUGUUCGGAAUGCAGUGUAGCAAAGAAAAUUAGCAGGAACAGCUACUGGACAUCUUGUGGCUAUGUUUUCAAAACUAGGGUGUAAGAUUUGUUUGUUUGUUCCUGUUAUGCCUAUAGGAAUUUAAGUAUGGAAAUCCCAAAAAUGGAAAAGAAGCAAGGAAGCAAGCAAACGAGGGUAUAGUAUUGGGAAUAGAUUGUGUGGAUGAAGUUUGUACAUUUUUAAAAAAUAGUUUUAGCAUAUUUUUAAACAAACCCAUUCACAUCUAGGAGGGAAAAAAAACCCAGGUAGGGCAAGGAAUACCCUUGUUUGCUUGUUAAAUCCACAGUUGUAAAUCCUCUAGGGAAGCUGUAGGUUCUUUCCUUGGAAGCCACACCAGCAUUCUUUGAAGGUGAUUAAAAUCUAGGCAAUUCUGUCAUUUAUAGAGUCAUAUACUGGAGGUACCUUCGAACUUCUUGUAAAGCCACCUCCUUGAUCUACUCUCCUGAUCCUUCUUCCAACCCCUCCUCCCCUCAAAUGCUUCUGAAGUUAUUGUUGGCAGACUUCUAGGCG